AAUCUUGGUAGUUGAAGACAAUCCAACGCUACGCAAAAUAUGCAGCACAGUGGUUUCGCAUCUGGGUGCUCUAACUUACACCUCUAAUAAUGGUGAAGAAGCUUUGCAGCUCGUCUCUAAAGCUCUACAGGAUCACCAUCAUCAACCUCCCUUUGAUUAUAUUCUAAUGGACUGUGAGAUGCCGAUAAUGGAUGGAUUUGAAGCCACAAAACGCAUAAAAGAGGAAGGGAAAGCUAUGGGGAUAUGGAUUCCCAUUAUUGCUCUAACAGCACAUACAGGAAAGGAGGAGAUGGAGAGGGUGACUGAAGCCGGAAUGGAUUACUACUUGCCCAAACCCAUCAAUGCUUCCACUCUUCUAACAGCUAUACAAUUUGUGGACAAAUCCACCCAUCCCCUCUAAUUUCACCAUCUUUAAUUUAAUUUUACUAUUACAAAUCCAAAUCAGACAUUAUUAUAUACUUUAUUAUAUAUGCACCAAAAUGUAUGUAGGGUUUUGUCAAGCUUCUGCCAUGCAUUCUAUGGCAUGCAGGGCUAAGACUAAUUAAUCC